CUCGGACCAGACUUUUGUUCCAGUCGCAUCCACGCAGGGGAACGCAUACCCACUUCUAUCUCUCUACAUUUUUGUCGAUCAACCCUCCAUUCUCAUUCUUUAUCUCUACUUCGCUCCCGUUUAAUCUUCACCUCGAGUCAAUAUGAGUGGCAUGCAACACGGUCUUGGGGGCCUGGGCAACAACCAGGCCGGCAUGAGCGAGCAAGAACAGGCUAUGGUUAAGAUGAUGCAAGCCGGUAUGGAGUCGUGCCCCGUCAAGACCGUCAUCUCCGGUACAAUGGGUUUCGCACUUGGUGGUGCCUUCGGUCUCUUCAUGGCCAGUAUGUCCUACGACUCUCCCCUCACCCCUCAAGGCCGCGAAAUUGCCGACCUCCCCUGGCGCGAACAAGUCCGCCGCGGCUUCAAAGACAUGGGCAAACGCUCCUUCUCCUCCGCAAAGAACUUUGGUAUCGUCGGUGCCCUCUACUCCGGAACCGAGUGCUGUAUCGAAGGCCUCCGCGCCAAGAAUGAUUUGACCAACAGCGUUGCGGCGGGCUGUAUGACUGGUGGUAUCUUGGGCGCGAAGGCCGGUCCGCAGGCCGCAGCUUUUGGUUGUGUGGGCUUUGCGGCGUUUAGUGCUGCUAUUGAUGCUUAUAUGCGUAUGCCCUCGGAAGAGUAAAGUGGGGGUGAUCUUGCUUCGUGGCGAUACCCCUGUGACUUUACGCUGCGUUGUGUGUUGCGUUUCUUUGACUUUGUAUACUAUCAUGGCGCUUGGCGAAUUUGGGAUAGACUGGAGCAUAGAGGGCGUUUUGUUAUAUUUUGUUUUCUUUUCUCUUCCUGUCUCAUUUUUUUGGUGCAGGUGAUUGCAGGUGAUCGUUGAUCGGGCUUUCUUGUGCCUUGGCUGUUUGUCUAUCUUCAAUCAGGAGCUUUUCUAUGCGCGGAAAAUCUGCAGCAUCUCCCUUCUUUUACUUGACUUUGCCAUU